AGCGGGGCCAGGAGCAGGACGUGCAGGGAUCCAAUAAUUCCCUGCAUCGAUCCCCAUCGGGCUCUUUCGUUCUCUGCCAAGCCAGCAGCGACCAGCAAGUGCUCUUUCGUUCUAAUGCUGUUGCAUCCUUUAGCUUGGCUAAUGCUCAUGUGAUCAUGCAGAUAGUAGAAUCUUGAUGUUGGAAGCAGCAACUGUUUCUGAGGAGACCCUGUUGGGAGCAAAAAGAAACUGGUAUUCCGCAUACUGAUUUCUGAUGCAGAACUCUGAUUAGGGCCUUAUAUAUCAGUCCCUGUAUUCAGGGAGCAACUGCAGUUACCAAGAUUGGACCCGAACUUGUUAGCUGUGCGACGGGUAGUAAUACCGGGUCUUCAGUAGCUUUCCCCAAGCUUGAAAUGUUGGUCAUCGUGGAUAUGCCCAACUGGGAGGAGUGGACCUUUGGAAGAAGCAAUAGGUAAAGUAGGUAAGCAAGAGGGAGAAGAUAGUGCUUUUGUGAGGCAAGAAGGGGAAAUCCCACCUCCAAGGACACAACUCAUGUCACGUUUGAAAGAGUUGCAACUUGAUCGCUGCCCCAAACUGAGAGCUCUCCCAUGGCAGCUUGGGAAGGAGGCUACAAGCUUGACAGAGCUCCAAUUAAGAGAUGUGAGCAGCCUUUAAGGUGGUGGAGAACUUUCCUUUCCUCUCAAAGAUCCUUGUAAUCGUAAGUUGCGAAAGCCUAGAGAGUGUCUUGAACCUUCCCCGAGCGAGAGAUCUGCGGGUAACUCACUGUCCAAACUUAUGACAUGUCGAGGAAUUGGGUAAUUUGGAGCAGCUGUGGCUGGACGUGGGUAUGCAGGACAUCUCCUCGCUGUGGGUGCCCGAGCUUAAACAACAGCGCCAACAACUCCAUGGGGAAGACCUAGACAUCUACACUUAUGCACUCGACCUCGAGGUUGAGAGACGCAUGGUUAGGUGGCAGUAGAGACACAAGAUGGAAUAGUACUGAUCAUGAACCAUCACACAAUCACGUGAGCUGAUGUUGGAACACAACGAGAAGGAAUGACCAAUUGCAUGCUUGCCGUGACGCCCGGUCCAAUUUGGUUGAGGCUCAAUAGCGGUCCAAAGUGCAGGUGCGCAUAUUUAGUACCAUCUUGCUAGUUGAGAAAGGCUGGAGUCAACUUAUAAACCUUUGGACUCUAGCCACAGCAUUUUCAGGUUAAUCCUUUUUAUAUGAAGCAAAAGUAAGAAUGAAGGUGUGAACAGGAUGCUAUGUGUAUGUGUGCCCACCUCUCGAAAAGGGCUGUGCGAUGCGGCGUGGUGGCCCAUGCCGCCGUGGGCACGUUACUGCUGAUGCACUCGAUCGUCGCCGAGGCAGAGCAGAGGUAGAUAGGCGACACUGCAGUAGGGCUCCGAUCCAGGCGGCUAACCUCGACAGCGGCAUCCUCCGAUCCUCGCCUCGCCAUGGACGCUGCCGGGUCGUCGCGGUCCCCCUCGCGGCCGCUGCGCAUCGUGAUCUGCCCGUGGCUUGCGUUCGGCCACAUGCUCCCGUACCUGGAGCUCGCCGAGCGCCUGGCCUCGCGCGGCCACCACGUCUCCUUCGUCUCCACGCCGCGCAACCUCGCGCGCCUCCCGCCGCGGCGGCACGUCAUCGACCUCGUCGCGCUCUCGCUACCGCGCGUCGAGGGCCUCCCCGACGGCGCCGAGUCCACCAACGACGUCCCCAGCGACCGGCGCGAGCUGCUCUGGGAGGCCUUCGACGCCCUCGCCGCGCCGUUCGCGGAGUUCCUCGCCGCCGCGUGCGCCAUCGACGCUGACAACGGCAACAGCAAGCGGCCCGACUGGGUCCUCGCCGACACGUUCCACCACUGGGCCCCCGCCGCCGCCCGCGAGCACGGGGUGCCGUGCGCGAUGCUCUUGCCGUCCGCCGCCGUGAUCGCCGCCUUCGCCUGCGGGGCGCAGGGGCACGCGGAGCUCGCCGCCGACACCACCGUGGGCGGAGGGCGGCCGCCCGGCAUGCCGCGCUACGAGUGGGAAGGGGACGCGCCGCUCUUCGCCGUCCUUGCCGCGUCGGGCCUGAGCAUCGCCCGGCGCACCUCCCUGACGCUCGAGCGGUGCACGAUCGCGGCCAUCCGGAGCUGCCCGGAGUGGGAGCUCGACGCGUUCCCGCUGGCGGCGGCGCUCCUCGGCAAACCGCUCGUCCCGCUCGGCCUCCUGCCGCCGUCGCCCGACGGUGGCCGCGCCACCGACGCACACAGGGACGACGCCGCCGUGCGGUGGCUGGACGUGCAGCCGGACAAGUCCGUCGUGUACGUCGCGCUGGGGAGCGAGGUGCCGCUGCGCGUGGAGCUCGUGCACGAGCUGGCGCACGGGCUGGAGCUCGCCGGGACGCGCUUCCUCUGGGCUCUGAGGAAACCCAGAGGCGUCUCCGACGCCGACGUCCUCCCUGCCGGCUUCCUAGAGCGCACACACGGCCAUGGGCUGGUGACCAUGGGGUGGGUCCCUCAGAUCGCCAUACUGGCGCACGGCGCCGUGGGCGCGUUCUUGACGCACUGUGGCCGGAACUCGCUCAUCGAAGGGCUUCUGUACGGGCACCCUCUGAUCAUGCUACCGAUCUUCGGCGACCAAGGGCCGAAUGCGCGGCUCAUGGAGCGGAGGAAGGUAGGGUUGCAGGUGGAGAGGAACGAUGAUGAUGGAUCUUUUGACCGCCAUGGCAUCGCGAGCGCGGUCCGGGCUGUCAUGGUAGAGGAAGAUACCAAGAAGGUCUUUGUGGCAAAUGCGAUGAAGAUGCAAGAGAUUGUAGCCGAUAAGGAGCUCCACGAGAGGUACGUCGAUGAGUUUGUGCAGGAACUUAGAUCCUACAUCACUGAUGGCAACUCCUCUACUCCGGCUGAUGAGAUGUAGCAUUAGUUUUGCAGGAUUUUAUGUGUCUGUUUAAUUCGAUGCAGUUUUUAAACAUUGCUAGUGAUUGUUGCCGAUACACUGCAUCCGGUGCACAGUGCCAGUGGCGCUGUACCCACAAUGGCAAUGGCAACGAGGAUCAUAAGGCAUCUCUGUUCCUUGUUCCUCUUGCGCUUUUUUCUGAAUGAUAAUGAUGCGUGCCCUCUGGUC